AUAAGAAGUACAGCAGAGAAUUACCGGACAGAACGACACAGACAGCAGCAGAAGCAUCCCGAACAGGAGGAAACCCAGCCAGCAAGAUGUUCCCAGUGUUGAUGUUACUCAUGGCGGCUCUGGUGGCUGCAGAUGAGCCUCUGCUUGAUCUGUCUAUCCCGGUGGAGACUGUAGACACCUCUGCCUCUGUGAUUUACUGCGAUGCUCAAACUGUGUGUCCAGACGGAACAACAUGCUGUCUGAGUCCAUAUGGCAUAUGGUCAUGUUGUCCUUACUCAAUGGGUCAGUGUUGCAGGGAUGGGAUUCACUGUUGUCAACAUGGAUAUCGCUGCGAUUCCACCUCCACCCGAUGCCUGCGGGGCUGGCUGACUCUGCCAUCGUCCUUCCAGAAGGCCACCAGAACCUUCCAGAAAGAUCAGACCCAGGCUGAGACUGUCCAAUGUGAAGGAAAUUUCUACUGCCCGGCUGAGAAGUAUUGCUGCAAGACUAGAACUGGCCAGUGGGGCUGCUGCAGCGGGUUGGAGUUGUAAUCAAACAACCACUGUUACACUGGUUCACCUCUUACUGAAGACUGUCAAAAUGCAAGAGGCUCCAAACUUCAUUCAUGUUUCAGGCUAUAUUCUUACAUCCAGGCUGAAUUAGUGUGAAAUAAAAACUAAUAGAAUUACUGUCAAAAUGCACCGUCAUUUAAUAAACAUUAUUAAUUUGGGGGAAAAGAAAUUGUGUUCUUAUUCAUUCAUUCAUAGUAUUUUUAUGAAGUAAUCAGUGAUUGUGAAUGAAUUUAAUGCACUGUAAAGCCCAACAGUCCACUUUAUCAAAUGAAUUGAGUGAAAGAAAUGUACAAUAUAAAUCAGGAAGUGAUAUUACAAAGUGAUAAGAACAAUAAGUAAAAAAAGAAAAAAGUAAUAUGAAGAAAAGAAAAGAAAGAACAAAAUGAAGAAAAGGCAAGUACAAAAUUAAAUUAAGAAAUUAGAAAUUAGAAAUACAGAAAGCAUUAAUUACUAACAUCCUGGAAGCAUGAUAUUUUCAUAAGUUUCUAUUGACUUGCAGAUUUUUGUUGUUGUUAGAUAGACGUAUAGCUUUAAGCAAGAAAUCAAUUUCAAUUAAAUAAUGGGCAAAUGAGGGAGAGGAUUUAAGAAAUUUUUGUUUGUGGAUAAAGAAUUUAGCAAAUAAUAUUAAAAAAAAGUUAUAGAAAUAUUCUUCAUUUUUAUUCUUGGGGCUUAAAUAACAACAAAUGAUAUUUUUCAGUUUAAAGAUUUGUUUUGUUGAUUGGGAUUUCUUCAAAUAAUUACAUAGAUCUGACCAAAACAGUGAGAUUUUACAUGUAAAAUACAUGCGAGUCAAAGUUUCCUGAUUUUCCUGACAAAAGGAACAAGUAUCUGCAAUAUCAGUAAAUUCUAAGAUAAAUGCAUUGACCGGGUAUAUUUUGUGUAAAGUUUUAAAAUGGAUUUAAUUUGCUUUGUUUGGGAUUACAUAUUUGAAUGGGAGAAGCAUGUUCUUUUCCAAUCAAUAUCUUCAUUAAAGCUGACCAAUAUGA